AUGGGACUCAAAUAUCGCACCUACCUUGAUGGUAAAGUUGUCUAUGGCUGUAUUGGUUGUAAGACCCAUCUUUCUACGAUGGAGGCAGUUGAGUCUGAGGACUUUACAGGUGUUCACGGACAAGCAUAUCUUGUGAAUGUCACACAAGGGCCUGAUGAAGAACGAUUAAUGUCAACAGGUACCCACACUGUCCGGAGUAUUUCAUGCUGUAAAUGCAAAAUCGUACUUGGCUGGACCUACGUCAAGGCAUUCAAAGAGGAAAACAAGUACAAGGAAGGCAAAUUCAUUCUUGAGAGAAAACUGAUUGUAGAUCUUCAUGGUUGA